UGACAACGGCGGGCGGGUGGCUGGAGUUAGAGUUGAUGUAGGAACGGGACGGCUGCUAUGGACGCUGCUGGAGGGAGGCGUGGAGGGUGCCCGGGCUCCCCUCGCCGGGCUGGGGCUCUGCUGUGGGGCUGGGCCCUGCUGGGCUGCGCCUGGUGCCCUCGCCCCCCGGGGGCCGCUGCCGCCCCUUUCCCAGCCGGCUACGCGCUGGACGAUUCGGUCGGGCUGGGCCGUGAGUUCGACGGCAUCGGGGCCGUGAGCGGCGGAGGGGCCACCUCUCGACUUCUGGUGAAUUACCCAGAGCCUUAUCGCUCUCAGAUUUUAGAUUAUCUGUUUAUGCCAAAUUUUGGUGCCUCUUUGCAUAUUCUCAAAGUAGAGAUUGGUGGUGAUGGACAGUCAACAGAUGGUACUGAACCCUCCCACAUGCACUAUGAAAAUGAUGAGAAUUAUUUCCGGGGCUAUGAGUGGUGGCUAAUGAAAGAAGCUAAAAAGAGAAACCCCAACAUUAAAUUGAUUGGGUUACCUUGGGCAUUUCCUGGAUGGAUAGGGAGGGGUCAGAACUGGCCCUAUAAUCAUCUGGAUGUCACUGUUCACUAUAUUGUUUCCUGGAUUCUAGGCGCCAAGCAGUAUCACAAUUUGGACAUUGAUUAUAUUGGGGUAUGGAAUGAAAGGUCAUUUAGUAGCAAAUAUAUCAAGCUCUUAAGGUACACCUUGGAUAAACGAAGUCUGCAGCGGGUGAGGAUCAUAGCCAGUGAUAACCUGUGGGAGCCAAUUUCCUUUUUCAUGAUGAUUGACUCUGAGCUCCAUCAAGUGGUCGAUAUCAUAGGGGCUCAUUACCCUGGAACAAAAACAGUGGAUAAUGCCUUAGCAACUCAGAAGAAAUUAUGGGCUUCAGAAGAUUAUAGCACUUUCAAUGAUGAAGUGGGUGCAGGCUGCUGGGCUCGGAUCCUGAACCAGAACUAUGUGAAUGGAAAUAUGACCUCUACUAUUGCCUGGAAUUUGGUGGCUAGUUAUUAUGAAGAUUUGCCCUUUGGUCGGAAUGGAUUAAUGACAGCGCAAGAGCCGUGGAGUGGCUAUUAUGCAGUGGAAGCUCCUAUCUGGAUCACAGCACACACAACCCAGUUUACCUACCCUGGCUGGCACUACCUGCAGGUGGAUGGACAUUUAGAAGGCGGUGGCAGCUAUGUAGCUCUGACUGAUGGCCUAGGCAACCUUACUAUCAUCGUUGAAACUAUGACUUAUUUGCACUCUCAGUGUAUCAGGCCUCCACUGUUUCCCUUCAUUGUGUCCCCUCAGAAAGCAACUUUCUACCUCAAAGGAUCCUUUCAUGAAGUGAAAACCUUGAAAAUGUGGUAUACUAAGCUUGGCUUCAAAUCUGCAAAUUCCACCUUAUUCCAUCCUCUUCCUCCUGUAAAGGUACAUGAAGGGAUGUUCAGCUUAAAUCUGGAUGUGGAUGAAGUCUACACGUUAACUACCCUCAUGACAGGCUGGAAAGGCACUUACCCAGAUCCUCCCCAGUCCAAGCCUUUUCCUUCAAAUUACAAGGAUGAUUUCAACAUUCGUAAUCCACCCUUUAGUGAAGCUCCAAAUUUUGCUGAUCAGACUGGGGUAUUCGAGUACUUCGUCAACACUUCUGAUCCAGGGGACCACAUUUUCACACUCCGUCAGGUGGUGGUUCAGCGACCCAUCACUUGGGCUUCUGACGCAGACCAGGCCAUCAGCAUUAUAGGAGACUUUAAAUGGGUAAAUGUGACAAUAACUUGUGAUGUGUACAUAGAGCGCCCGGUCAGUGGUGGUGUGUUCAUUGCAGGAAGAGUAAACAAUGGUGGGAUAUAUGUUCGAGGUAGCAAAGGACUCUUCUUCUGGGUGUUUGCAGAUGGCACCUACCGGGUCACUGGUGAUCUCUCUGGAGAGGAAGUCCUGAUGAAAGGAAUGUCUGGUGUACGAGCCAGAGCAUGGCACACGCUCACUCUGAACCUCAGGGGUUCUUCGGCCUCAGGAUCGCUCAAUGGUUAUCCUCUCUGGGAGAAUGUCACCAUAUCUGAGACGAGUCAUGGCUGGGCGGCUAUUGGAACACGCUCCUUUGAAUUCGCGCAGUUUGACAAUUUUCACGUUGAGGCCAGCUGAGGUUGCUGGCAUACUAGGACAAGCCAGUUAUUUUAUUACUACUUUGAAUCUGAGCCAGUUCAAACUUUGGAGAUAACUCGUAAAUACUAUUUUGAGGUUGAUCUGUUGGCCAGGGUUCUAAAUUCUUCCCUUAUUUAUUACGAUUUGUUAGAAAUUUACUUGAGUAGGUAGGUGUACGCAUGCCUGUGACUUAAUAAAAAGGAUGCUCUGGGAUUUUACCCUUUAAUUUCUAGAGAUAAGUUUUUGUUUAAGUUAGAGAUGGCAAACAGGAGCCAUGGAUUGAAACUAUCUUGAAUAUUUGGAAUCAGAACGAUGUUUGCCUUUUUUCCCCCUGCCUGUAGUCUGAGGCUAGGGAAUACACAACUGCAAGUGCAUUUGAAUUACUUCUCCCAGUUAUAAAUGAGAGCUGCAAUACCAGCCUUUAGACAUAUAUAUUUUGGGGCUGUAAUCUGUACAUUGGAGUACAAACACGGCUUAUGGUUGAUCUGGCCAUUUAGGAAGUGCCUUAUUUUUAAACUCUCUCUCUCUCAUUAAUGACAGUGUAGCAAGUGAGGUUUUUGUAAUACAAUCAGCUGUUGAUAUCCUCACUCCUUUCUGUGCACCAACUUGGCGGCUUUUCCAGGAGGGAGGGGAAAGAUGGGUCUCUUAAUUUGGUGAGGUGCUUAGAUUAAAAUGGUCAUGGUCUCUUGAAGUACAGAUGAGCAGAUUUCCUUUUGAGUUGACACCCAAGACAGCUGUGUCACUCAGCUACUGAAUGGUCUGAUAAGUAAAGACCCCAUUCUGAGAUACAGAAAUUAUCUUUCAUUGGAUGUUGGUAACUGUAAACUUUUCCAUUCAUGUCAGGGCAGGACUCCAAAGUAGCUAAUAUGUGAAAGAUGUGCUGCUUUUCCUGAAGGGUUUGUCAAGCAUCUUCCACUUACGAUACAGGACUCUAUCCUAAAACAAAGAAUAAAUUAAGUAUAAUUACACAUUAUAAAUCCUCGGAGGGGAAAAAACCCUCUCUACUUUGCUGUCAUUCCAAGUCACUGCAACAGCUGCAGAGUUAAUUUAUUAUUGAAUGUAUAAGAGAGUAUUGAAGUACAGAGUGAGACUCUCUCAUAUAUUGCUACUCUACGUUCUGGAGAGUCCUGCAUUUUUCUUCCUUCUUUUGUUCAUGUUCUGCUUGGCUCAACUUGGUAGUUCAGCGAGAUGUGUCAUCUUGUCAUGCUAGGAGGGAAAACUUUCCAUACCUCCUAAUUGAUUAAUGCUUACCAUAUUUCACUGUUUUAAUUGAGGAAAUCCAGUGAGACAAGAAUCUAACUCCAGAGUUGAUAACACACUUGAAACCUGGGCAAGGACCUAUUUAUGAGGCCAUCUUCUGUCUUAAGAGACUGCCCCAAAGGAUCUCUAAACAUACUGAGCACAGUUCUGAUCCACUUUUAUUAGAAAACUAACUCUAUUAAGCAACUGGUUGUUCUGAAUGGUCGCUUAAGACAGGUAUAAUGUAAUUACAAGUAUUUUGCAGUUUGAAGAUGAUGAGAUAAUUUUGCAAAUAGCGUUUGGAGAAAGCUAUCUCAGAGUUCCAUUCUUAAUCUCUAGAGUGGGAUGUAUUUUCCUAAGCAAUUACUGACACUUCUUAUGACUAUAGGAAAAGGCUUUAUACAUUCAGUUAACCUUGAAAACAAUACAUUUUUAAAGUGAUUUUUAACUAUUGUUGUGGGCAGUAAGCAAGUUUAGUUUUUAUUUGAUAAAUGAGAGAAAAUGUCUAGGCCAAUAUUCAGAAUGGGGCAGCCUAGAUUUACGUGCCUAACUUUAUAUUUAGGUUACCUAAAUAAGUUGUCUGAUUUCCAGAGGGGUGUCAGUGGGAGCUGCAGAUGUUCAGCACUUCCCAAAGUCAGGCCACUUGAGUGUCCCUAAAGUUGGACACCUAUUUGAGGAAUGUCUGUAAAUGAACAAGUUACAAGAGAUUUAAAUUUGGCAGAACUAGGUAUCUGUUUCUAAUGGGAUAUUUCUGCAGCAAUUCUUGUUAACUCUAUUAGCUGCAGGGUGUCUAUGUGUGGGUGAUAGAACAGCACUGAUGAUGCAAUUAUUCCAAAGAAUACAGUAAAGUUUUUACAUUUUUGCACUAAUUAAUUAACCAGUUUUACUGUUUUUUGCAUUAUGGACUAAAUGUGUUGUACAUUUUUGAGAGUAUAGUUUUUGUUAACUUAUAAAAGUAACUUUAUAACAGAUUUAAAAUGUUUUAAAUUAUUGUGAAUGUUUACUGAAGUUUUGUUGUGUAGUCAUCUUAUACAUCAGUAAUCCAUUCCCUUUGAAUGAACUGUAAUGCACUUGGCAGUAGCAAAUAAGCUGUUAAGUGUUUCAGUAAGGGACAGAUUUACAUGGUUGAUUAUAAAUACUAAUGAUUCCAAAUGAGCAAAUAAAACACUUUUAAAAAACC